AUGAACUCUGUCUUUUCUGAAGAGGGUAAGAAGUUGAUUCAAGGUUAUAGCUCUGGUAGUGUAUAUGGUAGAAAUUCCAGCUUUUUAAAUGGUUGUGGAAAUGAAAGUAAUAUAGAGGGUUUGGUAGUACAUGAUGUACCAGUACAUAUACGAUGGAAUAUGGGGUCAACAUGUUCUAGUACAGCCCCAUCUACUCCAAAUUCAAGAGAACCAGAAAAAUUCCAAAUAGGUAAUAUAAGUGAAUAUAAUAGAUAUGAUAUACCAAAAGUACCUAGUACUUUGGUAGAUUUCAGAAUUUUUACAAAAAAUAAAGGGAAUUUUACUUCUAAUAACAUGGGAUCAAUGUAUCACUCUCGUAUAUUAAUAGAAAUAACAAAAUCCGAUGAUUUCAGUUUCUUAUUAUGUUGUGAGCUAGAUGAAGGUAUUAGAUUUUCGAAUAUUAAAUUAGAUCAACGAUUAUUAGUGGAUUUUUAUGAAUUCCCAAAUAUGUUGGUUGAUCUAUUAAAUCGCUCAAAACUUUGUAUAGAUGAUGGUAAGUAUAUCGUGGGCAAUUUUAGAAGAAGCAAUAGCGGGAUUCGAAGUUUAAAUAACAGCGAUACAAAUAAGUAUACUGUGGAUCGUUUGGAUAAUUUUAAUAUGAGUAUUCCACUAAUGGUUAUACUUAAUGUGGAGAGUAUGGAUAGUGCUUGUUUUGGAGUAUCCAAAAGUUUUUCGUCUAUUGAUUCCUGUUCAGUCAAUUUUGUAGAAUCAAACCAUUACAAGGAGAUAAUUCAUUUAACUUUACCAUUCGAAUCAGCAAGUGAAACUCUUUAUAGAGAUUAUUUAUUGCGUCAUUUGUGCUAUUUUCGUGAGAUUUGUCAAAGUCAACAGUCUACAAUAAAGUCAUAUGAAUCUGAAAUUCACCUGCUGCAUCAUAAUGCUUCUAUUCUAAAAGAGAGACUUGAAGAGAGUAAAAAAUUAUCUAGGAAACGUGAAGAUGAAUUAUCUAGUAGAUUUAAUAUAGAGAUGAAUUCCUUAGCUGAACAUUAUCAGAGUGAUCUAACUCAAAUUAGAAAUUCUUAUGAAAAUGAUAGAAGACAACAAUUAAUGCAAUGGAAUACAGAAAGACUACAGAAUGAGUCUAGAAUUCGUGAAUUAGAAGAACAAUUUAAAGAAUUAGAAAAUAUGUGUAAACUUUUACGUCAUUCAAAACUUGAGUUGGAAGAAUAUAUUGAAAAAGGAAGAUUAGAAAAUGAAGAGUUAAAAAUGAAGAUAAAAGAUUCUUCAGAAUAUCAAAAGAAAAUAUUAAGUGAAAAACAGGGAACUGAGAGAGAAUUAGAAUUAUUAAGGUGUGAAUACAAUAGUACAUCUGAUAAUUAUAAGAAAUUAAUUCAAGAAAAGGAAGAAAAUAAAAAUGAAUUAGGUGAGGUAGAAAAGGCUUUAGAAGAAGCUUGUAAGGAAAUAGAAAAAGGAAACCAUAUAAUCACAAGUCUUCAGACAUCUUUAACUAGUAUUGAUAACAAAUAUAAACAACAGACAGUUCAAUAUACUAAUUUAAAGAGGAUCUAUCAAGAUACUGAAUCAAGGCUUAAAGCUUUAGAGGAUAAUUUUAACGAAAGUGGACAAGCUUUGGAAAAUGCUCAACAUCAUCAAGAACAAUUGCUACAGGAAAAUGAGAGAUUGAGGAAGGUAUUAAAUGAAGCAGAGAAACAAAUUGAAAUUAAUCAAAAUGUCAUAAAUACUUUGAAAAAACAAAUUUCAUCUAAUGAGCUUGGAGAUCUUAUACCACGUAGUCUGGUACCACCUAAUAAGAGAUUUCAAAGAAGUUAUACAGGCUAUAGAAGAUAUCAACCUGAUAUUCAUGAUAAUUUUAAUGAUUAUCUUAGUAAAACACAACCUAGACGUUCAUUUUCUUGGUCACUAGGUACACAAAUUAGAAAUGAUGGAUAUUUGAAUGAUCAAGGUAUACAGGAAUCUCAUUAUAAACCCCAAGUAAAUUAUAAAUAUUCUAAUUCUAGGGUUUUAAAUUCAAAUAAGCAUACAGGUGUAAUUACUGGUAGUGAUACAAGAAUUUUUGCAACAAAGAUGUAUAAUGUCAGAGAUUCGGUUGUGUCCCGGGAAGUAGAUAGUUCUACAUUUAAUACAACGGCAAAUCCAGAUUUUACUUCAGAUUCAGCUUCAUAUAUUACAACUCCCAUUGGUAGAUCUCAAAUAUCUCCCACAAGUUUUUCUCCUAUACCAGAAGAUCGUGAUAUGCAUGAAAUUGCAAGUUUAAUUACACCAAGACUUAAACAACCUAGUAUAAGACAUCAAAAUCCAUAA